GAGAUGUCAGCUGGCCUUCUUCCAAGUAAAUAUUGAACAGAGGAUGCUAGCAGCUCCAAUGUCUCAUAUGACAAAAGGACUACUCCUGCGAAAUCGGAGGAAAAAUGAAACCACAUGCUGUGUCAAAAAGAAUAAGAUGUUACACUGAAAGUCCAUAGCCAUGGAUGGGAACAACACAUUUCCCAGCUUUGUGGAUUUAGAUAAUUUUCUUACAAAACACAACUCCAACUUCAUCUGGCUCCUCGUGGCCACUAUUCUAUCCUGUGGAUGGAUUAUUUAUUUAACUUAUUACAACUCCCGCAACAUUGGCCUCAUCCUCACCCUGAUCAUCAACAGACUUUACAAAGAUGGCUACAUUCAUAUUGGCUCCUUCUCCUUCUCUGUGCUGUCAGGGAAAGUCAUGUUCAGAGAUGUCUACUUCAUCAACCCAGAUAUGUCAAUCAGGAUACAAGAUGGCUUCCUUAUAUUCAGAUGGUGGAAAGUGUACAAUCCAAAACAGAAACAACACGAUCCCAAAGCAGAAACCAGGCUCUAUGUGACAGUAAAUGGCUUUGAAUUUCAUGUCUACAACCGAACUGACCUUUACGCACGGCUGCAGAAGACCUUUGGCCUGGAACCGACUCUAAUUCCACCCAAAAAAGAUGAAGACCAGGAACAGGAAGACACCCUCGAAAGUGUGAACAUCAAAGCGGAGACUCCAGACCCUUCGUCAUCCUGGCGCUCCCUCAUCCCUGUCAUCAAAGUCAACAUCAGCACAGGACAUUUGGCUUUUGGGAAUCACCACCUCCCCCAGACACUCUGUGUAUAUUUUGAAGAUGCCUUUUUGACCUAUGCCACUAAACCUCCCUCUAGCCACCUUGAUCAGUUCAUGCACAUCGUUAAAGGCUCACUGGAGAAUGUCCGGGUCAUGUUGGUUCCUAGCCCACGCUACCUGGGCCUGCAGAAUGAUGAACCUCCAAGACUGAUGGGUGAAGGCUUUGUGGUUAUGCAAUCCAAUGAUGUUGACAUCUACUAUUACCAAGAUGAACCAGGCCUGGUCCCAGUGGAGCAAGAGGGUGAGGAGGAAGCAGAGACAUCCAGUGAGGAUGACAAACUUCAGGACCUGCCCCCAUGCUGGGGUCUAGACAUAGUGUGUGGCAAAGGCACUGACUUUAACUAUGGCCCGUGGGCUGAUCGCCAGAGGGACUGCCUGUGGAAGUUUUUCCUGCCUGCUGACUUCCAGGCCAUGCAGGUGACAGAGGUGCCACAGCCUGGCAAACCUCGGCAGAUCCAGGCCUUUGAGCUCCGCAUGAACAUCAUUGCUGAUGCCACCAUCGAUCUGCUCUUUACCAAAAACAGGGAAACCAAUGCCAUUCAUGUGAACGUGGGAGCAGGCUCUUACCUGGAGGUCAAUAUACCGAUGACUGUAGGAGAGAUGGGCUAUUCUCCCACCAUCAAAGGACAGUUACUUCAUGUGGAUGCCACCAGCAGCAUGCAGUACAGGACUCUUCUUGAGGCUGAGAUGCUUGCAUUUCAUGUGAUCGCCAGCUAUCCUCGAGUGUGGAAUAUGCCUCAGACGUGGCAAUGUGAGAUUGAGGUUUACAAAGCCACAUACCACUUCAUUUAUGCUCAGAAAAACUUCUUCACUGACCUAAUUAAGGACUGGGCCAGUGACAGUGCACCUGAUAUCUAUUCCUUUGUGCCCUAUUCUUGGACAUUUAAAAUUAUAUUUCACCAAUUUGAGAUGCUCUGGGCUGCAAAUCAGCACAACUGGAUUGAUUGUUCAACCAAACAGCAAGAGAAUGUGUACCUGGCUGCAUGUGGAGAAACGCUCAUUAUUGAUUUCACUCUGCCCUUCAAUGAAUUUGUUCCCACGACCUGCAAUACUCGCUUCAGUUUGAAGGCGGAGGAUACAGAUAUGCGCCUUUCUCUGCCAGAGUGUCACCCAAGUCGAUAUCCCCUCCUCACUUUGGCCAAAGAUUACCAAAAUGUGAAGUUGCCUACGGACAUGUUUAUGACAGGGGAGAGCCAUGUACCGCCCCCUCCCAAACCCAGCAAGCCCCGCUGGAGGAACAUCACCCACACCGAAGCUGGCUGGGUGGACUGUUGGAGCGUACCCAACUUCUUACUCAUCAUUGACUAUACCUGGCACCCUAUUUAUCCCCAGAAGGCUGAUGAGCAACUCAAACAAUCCUUUUCUGAGAUGGAGGAGUCCAUGCUGUCAGCACUGAGACCCCCAGAGCACUCCUCUGGACCCAAUACGUCACAGCCCCGCAACACCUCUGCCACUGCUUCAAACGCCUACAGCCGCAUGCCCACAGACCCCUCAGAGCUGCCCCCUGAUAGGCUACAUGUGGAGAUGGAAAUGUCUCCUGACUCCCAAAUCAUUCUCUAUGGCCCUCUACUCCGAGCACUGCUCGCCAUUAAGGAGAACUAUUUUGGAGAGGAUGACAUGUACACAGACUUUGAGGAGGCAGUAACCAGCCCCGUGUUGUCCACAGCCACCUCCUCAGGCCUGGGCUGGUCCCCUCUGGGAAUGGUGGAUAGUGAGCAGAAAGACACAACCGACAUCCAUCCUCUGGACCUGCGGCCCUGGGACAUCACAGUGCUCAUUAACCUCUACAAAGUGCACGGUCGACUGCCAAUACAUUGCAGCAGCGAGGGCCCUGAAGGCCCAUCAGGCUUCUUGGAACGGCUUUGUUUUGAGAUGAAGAAGGGCUAUAAGGAGACCAUGCUACAGCUACUUCUGUCUCCCAUUCACAUCUUUGUCAGUGAUAACUACCAGAGGCCAACGGCAGAUGGGGUGCUCAGAGACGGACACUUGAGUCUGUCAGGGAUGCAGAUGCGAGCACAUGCCAUGUUCUCUGCUCAGGGCCUACCUUUGGGCAGUGACACACUGGAGUACGCAUGGCUCAUUGACAUGCAGGCAGGAGGCCUCACAGGCAGGAUCUCUGUUCCACAGCUGGCCAGUGUGGUAGAGUGGGGAGAAACUUUUAUUUUCCAUGUGAUGUCUCGAGAAUUCCAACUAGAGCAACCCAAACCCACAGUCAUCUGCCAACAUGGUGUAGACCGACGCAUCUGUGACGCUAAGUUGACCUGUAUGCCUGGGCACUGCCGCACAUCAGAGGAGCUCAAGUACACCAUGACCCGACUUGCAAUGGAUGGAAUUGACCUCUUCAUUGUUGAGCAUGGAUGUGCUGCCAACAUUAAGACUGGCAUUGUUAGGGUGGCAAAUUGCAACCUGCAUAACCAGGCGGUUGGAGAGGGUAUCAGUGCAGUGGUGCAGGAUGUUAAUAUCCGGCUGUACAUUGAACAGCAGCAGCAGUACUCUGAAGCCUCCAGACUGCAGCCUGCUGGUCAGAGCCAAGGUCCACCAGGUCUGGGUCAGCCCCCUCUGCUGCGACGCUCUGUUUGGCUGGAAGCGGGUUCAGUCAACUUGAACCUCAUUACAGCAGACAUCGCUCUGGCCGCUGACCACCCAGCCAAAUGUGAAGUCCAGAGGCACUUUUUGGAACUACACGAUACACAGACCAAAAGACUCUGGUUUCUGUGGCCAGAAGAUGCUAGCGUUCGUAAUAAGCGUGGCAGAAAUCGCUGUGGCUGUCUUGGUGGCUGCCGGUUCUUUGGGGGGACCAACAUGGGUCUGGACUUUUUCAGGCUUGAGGAGCUCACUCCCUCCUCCUCUUCUGCAUUCUCCUCCUCCAGCACUGAGACAGACAUGUCCUAUGGACAGUCCCUCCUGCAACCUGCAGAGUGGAUUAUUACCAAGGAAACUCCCAAAGUGGAUGGGAGGGUUGUAGGACUAAAGACAGAGACACACUCUCCUUGCAUCCCUCCUGAAGUGCCAGAGAGAAGAUGUCAACAACACCUGAAUCUGCAGGUGCCUCAGCGCUCCCACAGCUCUGCAUCCUCUUCAGAAGAGAACAGCUCCUCUAGUGCUGCACUGCCCCUUUUGGCUGGAGAAAGAGACACCCCCUCUCCCAGCAUAGAGGAACGCAUGUUUACCAUUAACAACAAAAGCCCGGCUGAGACUCUUGGAGAAGUACCAGAGGUCUCACCCGUGUCUCCCAGUAACUCUCAGGACCGCUCCUCUGUGCGCUCUCCUCUUGUUCCCCUCAAGCGACAGUCGUCGGUGCAUUCAGGGCGCCUGGGCAGCACAAAGAGCCUCUCAGCUGCUGUCUUCACAGACAAACCUCCUGUGGUUCUGGCUGGAGGUGUCCAGUUCAACAGUGAAGUGUCCCGCAGUGAUGAGAAUGUUCUGGAUUCGCCUCGUCAGCGGAGGAGUUAUGGCUCCUUUCCUUUCACACCAUCAGCUGACUCUAACACCUUCCAUCAGUAUCGUUCUGCAGACUCCAGCAUGUCUGUGGCUGACAGUGAAGCGUACUUCUCCGCUGCAGAGGACUUUGAACCAAUCAGCAGCGCAGACGAGGGUCCGGGCACUUACCCCGGACGUAAGAAGAAGAGGAGGCAGCCUCAACCCCCACCACCAUACUACAUGGAGAGCUACAGUCGAACGUCCAUAUACCACAGUGUGGAAGGGCCCCUCACCUAUGUUCUCAAUGGGGAGCUGAUCACUGAGCCACGCCCUCUGCCCUUACCUCCAACACUGCCUCCCCUGCCCCCUCAUCCCCUCCCGAGUCACAUGUCCCAGGCCUCUUUUGUCUCUGCUUUGGCCAUGGAGGAGGAGAGCUCUGUGGAAGCUGAGAAGACCGCUGAGACUGGCCCUGUCACUCGCCAACCCCAUGUCAUGGCAUGUUACCAAAGCUACCUCGCCCAGUACCAGGUGUCUAAUUGGUCUGUCAAGCAGCCGACAAACAAGAGAACAUCUAAAUCUUCACUCCAUCGUCCCCUAGACCUGGAUACACCCACCAGUGAAGAAAGUUCUGGAUCUUUUGACCAGCUCUCGGUCCCUUGUUUUAAGAUCAUUAAGCAGGGUCUUUCCGCCAGCUCACUGUUAGACAGAGGAGUUCAACUGAUGGGAGAUAACAACAGUACACCAUAUACUCCUCUGGAUAAGCGGGCCAUGGAGAAUACAGAUGAGGACACAAUGACUGAUGACUGGACUCUGGAACAGCCUCUGGCCCAGACCAGGACCACUGCCAUCGUGGAGGUGAAAGGAGCCAUCAAUGUGGUGCUCACACCUCUUGUGGCAGAGUCUCUGGACAGGUACAUUGAGGCCAUGGUUCAUUUUGCCAGUAUCCGACACCCUGCAGCGAUACUAGAUGACCUGCAUGGCAAAGUUUUAAAUGAGGCCUAUCAAAUAAGCAAGUCCACUGUCACAGAAUCUAGCCAAACUGGGAAGCAGGAGCAUAAGCUGUCCAAGAGCGAGGCCGUGAACCCUAGCUCCCUGAGCGUUCCCCAAGGCCAGACAGACCUGUCAGUCAAACCAGAUAAUGUGAAAAUCAAGGGCCUUCAGGCCAAUGUCUCCAUCCCCAAGGUAAACCUUUGCCUUCUUCAAGCUUCAGUAGAAGAGGGAUCUCCUUCGAGUUCUAGCAAAACUGUCACACAUGUAUCACUUGUGGCACUGUGUUUUGAUCGGAUCGCCACCCAGUUCAGAAUGAACAGAGGGAUUGUGGAAGAGACCCCAAACACAACAGAACAUGGCCGACCCUCAGUCAUGCUAGAGAAGUACGCCUCAGCCACCAAAAUGCAGCCCCAGUCUUCGGGCUCACUGCGAUCAAAUGCAGGCAUUGAGAAAGGCAAAGAGAUUGCUGCUCGACUCAACAUCCACCGCAUUCACAGUCAGCUCCGAGGCCUCGACUCGACAGACAUUGGCACCUGUGCCAUUACUGCAAUUCCUUUUGAGAAAUCCAAAGUGCUCUUUGGCCUGGAGGAAAUGGAGGAGUUUUCAGUGGUGGAUGAGACUGAUGCUCAAGUCACAGGAGGUGAUCUGGGUCGCUCCAUGUCUUCACUGGAGAAAUGGGGAUGGAUUAUGUUUGAAUGUGGCAUUGAGAAUCUUACAGUCAAAGGUGGUCGACAAUCGGGUGCCAUUCUUUACAAUGCAUUUGGUGUGAUGGGUCGCACAGACACAGGAGGAAAAACAGGAACGUCAAAGUCUAAUGGAUCCACAGGUUCACAGACAGGCAGCGGCUACAGCACAGAUGUUUCUGAUGACAACCUGCCACACGACCCCCUCAGCCCACCCUCUGAUGCCAACGAGAACUCUGACUCUGAUGACCAGGACGAAGGUGUUGAAUCAGAUGACCUCAAGAAAGACCUACCCCUCAUGCCCCCGCCUCCUGACUCCAGCAGCAUGAAACUGACCAUCCGAGAAAUCUGGUUCAGUUUCGCUGCUCCAACAAAUGUGCGCUCACCUUCGCAAGCUAUUUCAAGGCAGCUCAAUCUACUUAGCACAGCCACACCUGCUAUUGGCGCCUGGUUGGUUCCCAUUGACCAGCUCAAGUCCUCCCUACGCAAACUGGACAUGGAAGGCACACUACGAAUCUGUGCAGUUAUGGGCUGCAUAAUGACAGAAGCUUUAGAGAAAAAGACUAUUCACAUUCCAUUCCGGAGCAAAUACAACCGAGUUACCAAGAGAGCUCGGUAUCUGCAUGAGAAUCCCUCAUGUAUGCUGUGUAACAUCUUGCAUCGCUAUCUGCAACAAGCAGAUUAUUCCAUAAUUGAGGAGGCUACCAUGAAUGAUGGCGUGCCAGCACUAGUAACUCUAAAGAAGGGUCUUGUGGCAUUGGCAAGGCAAUGGAUGAAAUUUAUUGUAGUGACUCAGGGUUUCAAAGCCAUUGGUCUGAUGAGGCCUAACCAGCUUGCCAAGCCAAAAGAACCUCAGCCAACCCUGGUGGAAACGGUGAUGGGCCUGGACAAUGGCGCCGCCCUACAGAGUGACACCAGCGCUGAUGGAGCCGAGUUUGAAUUUGAUGCAGCCACAGUGAGUGAACACACCAUGUUGCUGGAUGGAUUGUGCAGCCGCCCGCCGCCUAAGGAAGCAAACACUGGCCCUGUCAGUGGAGUGGAAAUCAUGAGGAAGCUCUCCAAGUCCCACACACACAAUGACUCUGGUCUCAGAAUAAAGGGUUCACAUCCAUACCAGUCGCUCAGUUACACCAGCGGCGACACAGCAGCAGACUCCCCAGCCCAUGUGAGUCGAGGGGGCUUACCGGCCAAGGACAGCCCCAGGAAGGAGAGUCUCUUGAGCAAUCUGACAGGCAGUUUUCGAAGUCUGCACAACUUACUGGAGGGCACACCGCAGAGGAAUGAACCGUCUACUGCAGCAGCUGCCAAGACCAGCUCCCUGACUCGCACAGGGAACAGCCUUGGGACAGACAUGCUGACGGAACAUCCUCUGCUAUCGGCACCCUCUUCUGUAAGUUUUUAUAACUGGAUGUCCAACGCCGUGGGUGGCAGGACUGGAGGUAUCACCCAGGACUCACCAGCCACCCGCUCCCAGCACAACAGUUUACAAACAGGUGGAACCUGUAAUCUACCCACAAUCCCUUCUGCGUCAGACUUCAACACUGUUUUGUCCAGUGACCAGAACACUUUGGAUGGUACACAGUCACAGCAUUCCCAGCACAGCACCAGCCAGGAUGACAUCGAUGACAUUGAGGAGGGCAACCUGUGCCCAGCAGCUGUACAACUGGCUGAUGCCCAGGUUGUUUUCAAGCCCCUGCUAAACUACACUGGCAUACAGGCCCAGGAUGCUACCCCUUUAAGUUAUAAAAUGUAUUUUGGAGAGCACCUGUCUUUCUCUGGGAACCUUGAAUGUCUCCGUGCAGAUAUUGUUGAUUCUGACCCAUCUAAAGAGCGGAAGAGCAAAAGAUCCAGAAGACAAGGCAUGGUGAACCUCCCACCACUGGAGUUCAAACCAGCUCUGCUGAUCGAGACGUUUAGCCUGAACGCGGUUGUCAUGGAGAAGUCCACCAGCGCUCCUCAGGGUCCCACUGCUGCCCCUCUGUCCUUCCACGACCUGAACCGACGUCACUACAACACAUUCCACUGUGACUUUACCACUGCCUGCCAGGCCAUCAGCCAGAGAGUAGACAUGGCCCUAGUGCGCCUCAUCCACCAGUUCAGCACCAUGAUCGACGACAUCAAAGCCACACAGACUGAUAUAAAGCUGAGUCGGUACACUGCAGGCUCAGCUUCUCCAACACCCACCUUCAAGGCCCGCCCCUAUCGCCACUUCAGGUCAUCUGACUUCAGCCGCAGCUCGAGGGGCAGCAUCAAUGGAGGCGUCCGAAGUGCCACACAGACGUUAAAGAAAAGGGGAGCGGCUGGAGCUGGGGCAGGAGGAGCAGGCAUGAGCGGAGGUCUGCCCCCGAAUGGUCCUCCAUCAGGAAUGGACACACUAGGCAGAAGAGAGCCAAGAGGUCGGACUUCUCUGGGGCGUUCAGAGAGACGCACGUCUAAGGUGUCUCGAAAGGGUUCUCGUGAUGUGGCGGACCACAUGGCGAUCCAGAUGGAUGACUCUGACUCCAUCACGGUGUCGGAGCAGAGUGAGCCAUCAGCCGAAUGUUGGCAGAACAUGUACAAGCUGUUAAACUUCUAUUCUCUCAUCUCUGAUCCAACUGGCAUCUUAGAGAAAAACUCUCCAGAGAACUGCCUUACAGAAAAUGGCCACAGAACUUCAGAGUCAUUCUGUAAAGUGAUUUUUGAAAAUGAGCAGCAGGAGCCCACCACGCCUAAUAAGCCGUCAGGGAGGAGGAGAAGUCUGGUGAGCUCAGAGCCGCAGCACGUCACCCUCAUCGUGUUCGGGAUAGGCAUGGUCAACAGGACCCACCUAGAGGCUGAUAUAGGAGGACUGACCAUGGAGGCGGAGCUCAAGAAGAUCCAUGGAAGUUUUACACUAAAGGAAAAGAUGAAAGAUAUCCUGCAUCAGAAAAUGACAGAGACAUGUGCAUCAGCUCACAUAGGAGGAGUCAACAUAGUUCUCUUGGAGGGCAUUACACCAGACAUUCAAACGGUGGUAAAAUGCAACAUUGCCAAGUCUCAAGCCCUGUAUAGUGCGCAGCGGGGACUGAAGACCAAUAAUGCUGCUGUUUUCAAAGUGGGGGCAAUCAUGAUCAAUAUCCCUCAGCAUCCAGCUACUUUGCACAGCAUGAUGGUCCGCAGCUCCCACCAGCUCUCCAAACAAAUCUCAGACCUCAUUCGCCAGCCCUCCAAUGCUCAGCCUCCAAACCGGGAGGACACACCCACUCCACAGCCCCCAGACAAAGCAUCCAGCAUUAAUCAAACGCCUGUAGAAGCCAAUGAGUUCCCCCAACUUCCUGAGGGUUUGGAGAAGAAGCCAAUUGUGCUUAAGUUUAGUGCCAUGAUGGAUGGUAUUACAAUAGGAGCUGCCCUGCUGCCAUCACUGAAGGCAGAGUACAAAAUGGGACGUAUGAAAAGCCAUGGAAUGACAGGGGCUCAAACCAGCUUCACUUUUGAAUUGCCAAACCACAAGCUCUGUUUCCAGUCCAAAGUGUCCCCCGUGGACUUAUCCACCAUGCCCCCAUCAGCCAGUCUCACUCUGCCCCCUGUCACUAUGUCUGGGGAGUACAUAAUGGAAGACCAUGAUACUCACUCAGACCAUGGGUGGGCACCUGAUGACUUUCCUACCAAGCAAGGAAAUUAUUUGCAAGGAAACUACUUGCGCUGUGUGGCUGAGAUUGGUUCUUUUGAGCAUAACCUGACCACAGACCUGCUCAACCACCUGGUUUUCCUCCAGAAGGUUUUCAUGAAGGAAGUCAAUGAGGUCAUUCAGAAAGUUUCAGGAGGAGAACAGCCUAUUCCUUUGUGGAAUGAGCAUGACACUUCGACAGACGCCGAUAAGCCAAAGAUUCUACUUUAUUCAGUUAGCCUCAUGUUUAAGGGAAUUCAAAUGACAGCCACUACUCCAUCCAUGCGAGCUGUGCGCUUUGAGACUGGGCUCAUUGAACUAGAACUGUCCAACAGAAUCCAGUGCAAAGCCCAACCUGGUGGCAGCAGCAGUUAUCUGAAACUCUUUGGCAAAUGUCAAGUUGACUUGAACCUAGCUCUGGGACAGAUUGUCAGGCACCAGGUGUAUGAAGAAGCAGGGUCAGACUUCCAUCAGGUGGCAUACUUCAAAACCCGUAUUGGCCUGAGAAAUGCUCUGCAGGAGGAAAUCAGUGGCUCCUCGGACAAAGAGGCUGUCCUCAUCACACUCAACAGACCAAUAGUUUUUGCUCAGCCUGUGGCUUUUGACAGAGCUGUGCUGUUCUGGUUGAAUUACAAGGCUGCGUAUGACAACUGGAAUGAGCAGCGCUUGGCUUUGAACAAGGACAUCCACGUGGCCACCAAAGAGGUGGUGGACAAACUGCCUGGCAUUCAGCAGACCUCAGCCCAGGCCUUUAGUACCCUUUUCCUGCAACUGACUGUCAACGAUCUAGGUAUCUGCCUGCCCAUCACCAGCUCCUCUCAGAGAGGUCAAGUGCCAGUUACGGAGGCCAACAGCUCUGAACAUGGGACAAGCGCAUCAGUAGGCCGCCAAAAAUAUGCACGAAAAGCCAACCAUAGCAUAGACUUUGACACCGGCUCUGCCCUGGUCCUGACCAUUGAAAGCACACUGAUCACUGCCUGCUCCUCUGAGUCUCUGGUGAGCAAAGGGCACUUCAAAAACUUCUGCAUUCGCUUUGCUGAGGGCUUUGAGACCUCCUGGGAUGACUGGAAGCCUGAAGUGCGAGGAGACUUGGUCAUGAAUGCAUGUGUUGUCCCUGAUGGCACAUAUGAAGUCUGCUCCAGAACUACGGGACAAGCUUCUGCAGAGAGCAGCAGUGCGGGGACGUGGACAUUGAAUGUCUUGUGGAAAAUGUGUGGCAUUGACGUUCACAUGGACCCCAACAUUGGCAAGAGGCUCAAUGCUCUUGGCAACACUCUCACCUCGCUGACUGGAGAGGAAGAUAUCGAUGACAUCGGGGACCUUAAUUCAGUCAAUAUGGCCGACCUUUCUGAUGAGGAUGAAGCAGACUCCAUGUCGCCCACCAUUCAUAUGGAGAGCGUCGACCCCAGACGGCAGAUGGUUAUGGGGAACCAGGUGACUGAUGCCAGAGGGAGGAAGAUUACCAAGAGGGUGGUGGACAUCCGAGAACUGAAUGAGCAAGCCAAAGUUAUCGAUGACCUCAAAAAACUGGGUGCCAGUGAAGGUACAAUCAACCAGGAAAUUCAGCGCUAUCAGCAGCUGGAGUCCGUUGCUGUUAAUGACAUCAGGAGAGAUGUUAGAAAGAAACUGCGUCGCUCAAGCAUGAGGGCUGCUUCCCUGAAGGAUAAGUGGGGUCUCGGCUACAAACCCAGCUACAACAGGUCCAAAAGCAUCUCUGCGGCAGCAGGCAGACCGCCCCUGAAGAGGAUGGACAGACAAAGCUCCAGAAUAGGAGAUAUGGAGGACUUUCCUGACGUGAGGAUUGAUGUGGCUUCCCCUGGACCUCGGGUCACCUUCAACAUCCAAGAUCCGUCUAAAAAUCAGGCCUCGGAUUCUGCACUUGCACCUGUCAGUCCAGGAGAAAUAUUUAAGUUCCCUGAGGAGGCAGAGCUGGACCUGUUGUCAGUCACCAUCGAUGACCCAUCCCAUUCAUCUCAUCUCCAUCCUCCAUCUCCAUCCACUGAGACACAGCGCUCGGCGUUCAGCGCUCCAGGCACUCCUGCUGUCUUCUCACCCACAAUUCCCUUCCAGCACGAUGACUCCCGACGCGAUGACCUCUCCACUUCUUCCUCUGAGGACUCUGAAAAAGAGGAUGACUUUGAUAGAUUACCCAGCUAUCGACGGCCUUUCCCACCAUCCCACAGAAAGUCCACGGGUUUCACCAGUGUUAGUCAGCUGUUCUCCGAUCGCUGGCCGGGAACACCGACCAAUCGCAGCUUCAGUGGCACGGCGACAGAGCGCAACAUAGACUUUGAGCUGGACGUGCGCGUGGAGAUUGACAGCGGGAAGUGUGUUCUCCACCCCACCACUCCGCAGCCAGAGCAUGAGGAUGUCUCCUUGAAGAGAAGCUGCGAGCGUAGUCUUAAGAGUUUGGACCAAGACUCUCCUCCUAAGAAGAAGAAACUACAGCCAACCUACACCUCCACCACUCAUCUCUUAGCUGGAAAGAAGAACCCCUCAACCCUACAGACCAAAUCAAAUGACUUGGAGACCACUGUUUUUUACAUUCCAGGAGUAGACGUUAAGUUGCACUACAACUCCAAGACGCUGAAGACAGAGUCGCCCAAUGCCUCACGCGGAUCCUCUCUCCCUCGCACUCUCUCCAAAGAAUCCAAGUUAUUUGGUAUGAAAGAUAAUGGCCCUUCCAACCCUCCCAAUGCUGUCCAAAGCAAGACUAACUCGCUCCAACCUCCCCUGCCCCCACCUAUUCCAUCAGCCAAAGGUAAGGGGAGUGGAGGGGUGAAGACAGCCAAGUUGUAUGCAUGGGUGGCACUCCAAACUCUACCAGAGGAAAUGGUCAUUAGCCCAUGUCUGCUUGAUUUCCUGGAGAAGGCCUUAGAGACUAUUCCUAUCACUCCUGUGGAUAGGAACUAUGCAGCAGUAGCCUCUCAGGAGGAUGACGUGGGUCAGUUUGAUGCUGUGGAUCCAUUGGAAGAAUCCACCACUUCUCUUGUUUCCUCAUCUACAUCGGCCUACUCCUCCUUCCCUGUCGAUGUGGUUGUUUAUGUUAGAGUUCAGCCCUCACAAAUUCGGUUUAGUUGCCUGCCCAUGUCCAGAGUGGAGUGCAUGCUCAAACUGCCUUCCUUAGACCUGGUUUUUUCAUCAAACCGUGGAGAGCUAGAGCUUCCAUCAGGAGCCCACCCCACAGAGGGACCCAACCCUCCCUCCUCUACCCCUCCUGGGCAGCAUGUACCAAAGAUACCCCCCAGUAAAGCGUCUCCUCUGCUGGGGAGCCCUCUGGGCAGGAGCCGCCACAGCAGCAGUCAGUCAGACCUGAGUGGCCCCCCCAGUAACUCCUCCGGCCUCAGCUUUACUGCCUGCAUGUCGGACUUCUCCCUGUACGUCUUCCACCCCUACGGCGCUGGAAAACAGAAAUCUGCAGUCACAGGGCUGCCUCCAGGCCCAGGACCCCUAGGCACAGUGGAUGAGGAGCCCUCUUCAGUCACAGGAAGAAAAGACUCCCUGAGCAUCAAUCUGGAGUUUGUCAAAGUCAGCUUAUCCAGGAUGAGGCGCACCGGGGGCCCCGUGCUGAUUGAGAGCUUCAUCCCAGCCAAGGGGGGCAAGAUAGACACCACUCUCAUCAAUAUUUCAGCUGUGUGUGACAUCGGCUCUGCUUCCUUCAAAUACGACAUGCGGCGGCUGGGUGAGAUUCUGGCCUUUCCGAAAGCCUGGUAUCGUCGGAGUAUUGCCAGACGUCUGUUUUUGGGAGACCAGACCAUAAACCUGCCAGCCUCUGGCCCUGCGACCCCUGACUCUGCUGAAACACAGCACCUGUCGCCUGAGUCCAGUCGGAAGGCUUACUGGAGGACGUGGGACGGCAGCAGCGGGGCUCAGCACGCCCCUCAGUCUCCAAAUGUGUUUUCGGAGCAUUCCACCGGAAGUAACAUGUCUCCUGCCCUCAGCCACCUCAAGUCACCUGGGCCAGGGCGCACGAGGAGCGUGUCAGACUCCUCUGCACCGAGGAGAGAUUCUGUGUCAAAAACCUCAACUCCAGCCUUUGGCAAAAAUGGAAAAGCUACCGGGCAGCAGGGGGCGCCAUGGGAGACUCUUGUAGUGUUUGCCAUCAACUUGAAACAGCUCACCGUGCAAAUGAACAUGAGCAAUGUCAUGGGAAACAACACCUGGACGACCAGUGGACUGAAGAGCCAGGGUCGCCUGUCCGUGGGCAGUAACCGAGACCGCGAGAUCAGCAUGAGUGUCGGCCUGGGACGCUCCAAACUGGACUCUAAGGGCGGAGUGGUGGGUGGCAACAUAGAUGUCAAUACCCUGGAGAUGGUCUCUCACAUCUCUGAACACCCAAACCAGCAGCCAAGCCAUAAAAUCCAGAUCACCAUGGGGUCAACUGAGGCGCGAGUGGAUUAUAUGGGCUCCAGCAUUCUAAUGGGUGUUUUCAGUAAUGCCGAUUUACAACUGCAGGACGAAUGGAAGGUCAACCUAUGCACUGUGGACACCAGCAUGUCAGAAAAAAGUGAGAUCUUCAUCCAUGGAGACUUGCACUGGGACAUUUUCCAGGUGAUCAUUUCGCGCUCCACCACUCCGGACCUCAUCAAGAUUGGCAUGAAGCUGCAGGAGUUUUUCACUCAGCAGUUUGACACCAGCAAACGGGCUCUUUCCACCUGGGGCCCCGGACCGUACCUGCCUCCAAAAACCCCCGUCAUCAACAAUGAGAAAGGCACCACUGAGCUCUAUCUAGAUGCAGCUCACCACCGGCACUGGCCCGGGGUGCUGAAGGUGAUCGCGGGCUGCCACAUCUCGCUAUUCCAGAUGCCCCUGCCUGAGGAUGCUGUGCAGCUCGGUGGGUCUAUGAGUCUCCACGGCAACCAUAUGACCCUGGCCUGUUUCCACGGACCUAACUUCCGCUCCAAGUCCUGGGCUUUGUUCCACCUGGAGGAGCCCAACAUCACCUUCUGUACUGAGGCACAGAAGAUCUGGGAGGAUGGUUCUAAAGAUCAUUCGACUUACGUAGUUCAAAGACUGGAUUUCCACCUUGGUCACAACACCAUGGUAACCAAACCCUGUGGAGCACUUGAAAGCCCAAUGGCUACAAUCACCAAAAUCACCAGACGACGCCACGAAAACCCACCACACGGUGUCGCCACUGUUAAAGAAUGGUUCAACUACGUCACUGCCAUGAGGAAUGAAGAGUUAAACCUGCUCAGGAACGUGGAGGCCAACAAUCAAGAAAAUGGAGCCACUGCCAAAAGUUCCAGUCUUCUGAGCAGCUUCCGUGGCUCCUCCAGCUACAACCACGAGACAGAGACCAUCUUCGCUCUUCCCAGAAUGCAACUGGACUUCAAAUCGACACAUGUGCAGGACCCGGAGGAGCCUACUUUAUCAGAUGCCAACAGCAAGCCCAAAGUGGAGUGCAGCGUGGUGACGGAAUUCACUGACCACAUCUGCGUUACCAUGGACGCCGAGCUCAUCAUGUUCCUCCAUGACCUUGUGUCCGCUUACCUCAAGGAGAAGGAGAAAGCGCUGUUUGCCCCGCGGAUGUUUGCAGCGAGGCCAGGACAGAAGAGCCCCACUGCCCUCCACGACGAGAGCUCUUCAGAUAAAGACAAGGACGACAGCUCCAACUACACCACCGUGGACUGGAGAGAGUUCAUGUGCAACACGUGGCACCUGGAGCCCACGCUCAGACUCAUUUCCUGGACCGGGCGUAAAAUCGACCCUGUUGGUGUGGACUACAUCCUGCAGAAGCUGGGCUUUCAUCAUGCAAGGACUACAAUUCCCAAGUGGCUGCAGAGAGGUGUGAUGGACCCUCUGGACAAGGUCCUGUCUGUGCUCAUCAAGAAGUUAGGCACAGCUCUGCAGGACGAGAAGGAGAAGAAAGGUCAGCGAGACAAGGAAGAACACUAGCAGGACAAGAAGGAGGACAAAGGUCAGCGAGACAAAGAACAUUAGAAUAAUCACUGCAAUGGAAAGUUCUCAAACAGUCACACACUGGAACUACGGGAGCCACUAAAGGACAAUAUUAAUCAUGUGAAUUUCAGCUUAGUUCACUGUGGGGCAUACCACUCAAGCUCUGACUGAACCUUUUGCACCUACUGUAUGUUUUGUGUAUAUUUGGAACAAAGUAGCAGAUAGUAGUAUUAUUUGACUGCUUUAAUGGUGAGACCCACCUCUUGUAAAUGACCUUAAUGAAUUGAUCAAGGCUUGCGACUAUUUCAUCCGAGAUGAUUUUCAAACCAUUGCCUUUUCUUUGUUUCCCAUGGAACACAUGCUUCAAUAUGUGUUAUGUUCUGUAUAGUGUAGGUUAGACUAUUUAAGAACACUUUGAUGAUUUUGUUACAUUGAACAAAGAUGUCCUGGAAGCACAUCAUGCACAUGAGGAUGCCAUGACGACCUGUAAUCAUUAUUUAAAUCUGGUUCUUUAUUUAAGAGUAGGUAAGUGCAAUGUUAACAUGUAUGUAUGUAUAAGCUUGGUGUGACAAGCUAAUGUUUGUCUUUUUUAAUCUCAAUAGUAGAACCACUGUACAUAUUGUAAUUUCCUAACUCAAUAAAAUGCCAUUUGAUUUUACAA